AUGCCACACAUCGGUAAAAUAGAACAAUUUGACGACUCGGUUGAAUCAUGGGAGUCAUACGAGGAGAGAUUACAGGCAUUUUUUCUCGCAAAUGACAUUGAUAAUAACCACAAAGUUCCUGCCUUGAUAAGUUUAAUUGGUCCAAAAACUUACACACUUUUGAAAAACUUAAUUGCCCCAGCUAAGGCUACAGACAAAGGCAUAAAGGACCUUUUGAAGGCACUACGUGAGCAUUUGAGCCCCAAACCCUCGGUGAUUGCCGAGCGGUUCCGAUUUCAUAAGCGCAAUCAACGCCCAGAUGAGUCGGUUUUGUCGUACAUAGCAGAGCUCCGUAAUCUGGCAACACAUUGUCAAUUUGAGGCAGCCCUGAGUGACACAUUACGUGACAGACUAGUGGUUGGUUUACGCCAAGAAACCAUACAAAAGAGGCUACUCUCAGAGAAAGACCUUGACCUGGAGAAAGCAAUCAACCUUGCUGUUGCUAUGGAAACGGCAGCUAGAGAUGCAGCUGAAGUACAGGGGAUAAAGAGUGAGACAGUUAACAAAAUCAGCACACGUCCUAAACCACGUCAAUUCAACAAGAAACCUACUGUGAGAAACACAAAUGCUCAAUCUCAUGCACGACCAACAAUACAGAAACCUUCAUGCUAUCGUUGUGAUGGUGAUCAUCCAGCAUCACAGUGUCGACACACUAACACUGUUUGUUCUUUCUGUCGGAAGGUGGGACACAUUGAGCGAGCCUGCAUGAAAAAGAAACGUGACAGGAACAAGGGACGUAACACUUCUCUAUUCUAUAAUGAGGAGGAAUUUCACUCUGAAGAACGCUACAAGGAGGGUGAUGGAGAACCACUUCUACACAUCACAAGCACUUUCCACAUGAAAUCACAUCAUGAACCACCAAUAACUGUGGAACCAAUUAUUGAAGGCAAAGUCAUCAAGAUGGAAGUCGAUACAGGAACAGCUGUUUCCGUGAUUUCCAAGAGUGACUACAGUGCAAACUUUAGCAAGGUAAACCUUGAACCAUCCAGUGAAUUACUGCGUGCAUAUUCAGGAGACAUGAUUCAACCUGUGGGCAAGAUGAAGGUGAAUGUUAAACUCAACUCACAAUCUGCUAACCUUGAAUUACUUGUUGUUCCACAUGAUGGACCAGCUUUACUUGGAAGAGACUGGCUUGGAAAGCUACAGCUCAACUGGCAGGAGAUAAAGACUUUACGUUCAAGUAAUUCAACAAAUCAGUCACCAUUGAAGGAUCUGCUUGACUCGCAUAAGGAGUUGUUUUCACCUGGAGUCGGAACUCUUAAACACAUUAAGGGGACAGUUACAGUUGAUCCAGAAGCCAAACCUGUGUUUCUUAAAGCUAGGACCGUUCCUUAUUCUCUGAGGACCAAGGUUGAGCAAGAACUUGAUCAAUUACAGGCAGAUGGAAUUAUUGAGCCUGUUGCACAUAGCAAAUGGGCUACCCCCAUAGUCCCAGCCAUUAAGAAGAAUGGUAACGUUAGACUGUGCGGCGAUUACAAAGUAACUGUCAAUCCUGUAAUGUGCGUCGACAAAUACCCUCUUCCCAAAAUUGAGGACAUUUUCGCAACCCUAGCUGGUGGAAAGAAUUUCUCAAAAUUGGACUUAACACAAGCAUAUCACCACAUGGAACUAGAUGAAGAUUCACAGGAUCUACUCGUCAUAAACACCCAUAAAGGCCUGUUUAAAUACAAGCGACUUCCGUACGGAAUUGCAUCUGCUCCAGCACUAUGGCAGCGUGCAAUCGAGCAAGUAUUACAGAAUAUACCAUCAACACAAGUGAUCAUUGAUGACAUCAUUGUUACUGGUCGCAAUGACGAGGAGCACUUACACAACUUAAAACUGGUACUGGACCGUCUACAAUCCUAUGGGCUACAUGUGAAUCUUCAGAAGUGUGAAUUUUUUCAGGCUAAAGUGAGCUAUGUUGGACAUGAAAUUGAUGCUCGUGGCCUACACAAGUCACCUGACAAAAUUGAGGCUGUAAGAGAUGCCCAACGCCCUGAGAAUGUGUCACAGCUUAGAUCAUUUUUAGGUCUAGUGAACUAUUAUCACCGAUUUAUAGACAAUCUGUCAAGUGUAGCAGGACCACUACAUGAACUUCUCAACAAAGGAACCAAGUGGGAAUGGAGUCCCAAGAGAGAUAAAGCCUUCCAAGAAAUCAAGGAGUUGAUUUGCUCUGACAAGGUUUUGUGCCAUUAUGAUGCCAAACUACCUUUGAAACUAGCUGCAGAUGCUUCACCGUAUGGGAUCGGAUCUGUACUUUCUCAUGUGUUCCCAGAUGGCUCCGAAAGACCUAUAGCAUUUGCGUCGCGCACAUUAAACCAAGCAGAGAAGGCUUAUUCACAAAUUGACAAAGAGGCCCUUGCUCUCUAUUGGGGUGUUAGAAAGUUCAAUUCAUACCUUUAUGGACAUAAAUUUACACUUGUCACAGACCACAAACCUCUUCUUAGCAUUUUCAAUCCAAAGAAGUCCCUUCCUGUGAUGACAGCAGCACGUCUUCAGCGCUAUGCUGUAUUCCUCUCAGGAUACCAGUAUGACAUUGAGUUUCGUGGAACCAAAUCUCAUGGUAAUGCUGACGCACUGUCGCGUGUACCACUACCCAGUAUUAAUCAACUACAGGAUGAAAAGGAUCCCAUUGAUUUGUUCUACAACAGACAUUUCGAGGACUUACCUGUAACUUGUGUGCAAAUUCGUAGGGAAACACAACGUGACCCAGUUCUGAGUCAAGUUUUGGACUAUGUGGUCCGAGGACAUUUUCCUCAUGAUUGUGAUGAACAGUUAAAGCCGUACUACAAUCGCAGAGAAGAACUCAAUGUUUAUCAAGGAUGUGUUACAUGGGGAAAUCGUGUGAUCAUCCCAGACAUUCUGCGUGAGAAAGUAAUGACAGAGCUUCAUUCUGGCCACAUAGGUAUUGUCAAAAUGAAGGCAGUAGCCAGAUCAUAUGUAUGGUGGCCCAAAGUUGACGAAGCAAUUGAGGAAGUCUGCAAGGCUUGUUCUGGUUGUAAACGUGUGCAGAAUACGCCUUCUGCUGCACCUGUUCACCCAUGGAAUUUCCCGCCAAAGGCAUGGCAUCGCUUACACAUAGAUUUUGCCGGACCUUUUCACAAUGCCAUGUUUCUCAUUGUUGUGGAUGCGUACUCGAAAUGGCCGGAAAUCUUUGAGAUGAGGAGUACCACAAGCAAUGCAACAAUUAACACCUUACGAACCUUAUUCGCACGACAGGGAAUACCUGCAGAAAUAGUGUCCGAUAAUGGACCUCAAUUUCGCUCAGAGGAAUUUCGUCAAUUUAUGGAGUCGAAUGCCAUCCGACACAUAACCUCUUCUCCAUUCCACCCGCGGACGAAUGGCCAAGCUGAGAGGUUCGUUCAGUCAUUUAAAAAAGCAAUCAAAUCUGCCUCAGGAGAAUCAGCUUGCAUAAACAAGAAACUAAACUCAUUUCUAUGCAAAUACAGAAUCACACCACAAGGAACAACUAAUGAAUCACCGUCUAUUCUAAUGUAUGGCCGUAAUAUACGUACCCGAUUGGAUAUUAUGAAACCGGAUUUAACCAGUACAGUACUGCAAAAACAAUAUGGCUCAACGGCAAAACACUGUGGAAACGUGAUUCGAGAAUUUGCUGAUGGGGACUCAGUAAACACGCGUGAUUAUCGCACUAACUCGGACAAAUGGGCAAAUGGACGAAUCCAUUCACGCACUGGACCUUUAUCUUACAAAGUCGAUGUCAAUGGAUCUCUUUGGAGGAGGCAUAUUGACCAAAUAGUUCAUACAUCCAAAAACCAAGCCGCAUAUCCAACUCCAGUGGAUAUUCCGUUUGUGCCAUCCGUGAAGGUUCCAUGUCCUACCGACAAAACUCAGGAAUGCGCGAAGGACGUAGAGACCAGUACACCAGUAACAGUGCCACGUCGAAAUCCGCCAAGAACUCGAGAACGAUUAAAGGACGUCAUGGUGAACGUCACUGGAAGUGGGCGAAAUCAUCCGUGUGGUUUUUACCCUGGACCCGCUGAAAAUGGAGACCGCAUAUUGAUUUGGUGUAAAUCGGGCACCUGGGGAAAUGACGUCACAAUCUACAUUUUACCAAAUGGUCAGCUCAAUUCCAUUGCUGUGUGUGAGGUGGAGUUGAAAUAUUUUGGGAAGCUUCCAAGCACAGACUACCAAACUAUUUUCACGGCAGAGGGACCAACGUUUGGAAAGACAUUUAAUAACUGUUCCAAGUUUUGUGCUAAUGAUCAACGUUGUAUAGGAAUAGAAAUAUGUCAGAUCAGACAGGAUUUGUUUGAGUGUCGAGUUUGCUGUGAGUGGACGAAAGUAGGAACAAACAACAUUGAUGAACAUCCUGGAUGUAAAUACCUAGAGAUGGAAAUAAAUAACAGAAUCAACUUUGCCGUGAAUGCAACUUUGAGCACGGUUUUUGAUAGCAACCACAUGGCAUCAAAUGCCGUAGAUGGUAUGUCAACUUGUCAAAUAGGAUCAAUACCAGCACGGAUAGCACACAGUAAAUCAGAGAGAAAUCCAUGGCUGAAGAUCGGUCUGAGGAAUUCCGUCAAUGUUAAGAAGGUGUUGAUUUACAACAGGCAGGAUUGCUGUGGGGAACGUCUUCAGAAUGUCGUGGUAAACGUCACUGAAAGUGGGCAAAAUCACCCGUGUGGUUUUUACCCUGGACCUGCUGAAACUGGAGACCGCAUAUUGUUUCUGUGUGAAUCGGGUACCAGAGGAAAUGACGUUACUAUUUCCAUUUUGUCAAAUGAACAGCCCGCAAUUCUUGCUUUGUGUGAGGUUGAAGUGUAUGAUUGACCUUUGAUAAGUGAAAUACCAUAA